GGGUGUUCGAUGAGUAUUGAAGUCUGAGAUAAGCCAGAUCAUUUAUACAGAAAUGUCGAGGAUCGAAGAGUAUAUAUAUAUAUAUAUAUAUCAUUUGGGUUGUCUUGUUAUUACAUUGUUCAUUCCUUCCUUCCAUAUCAAUCAAUUAACUGCAGUUCAAGCUUUUCGAGUCUCUAAUUUAACCCAAGAACUUGCAACAGAACUAUUUACCUUCUAAUUUUCACUACACAAACCCUAGUCGAAAGUCACAUACUCCCCCUCUCAACCUAGCAUUUCGGAAACCUAAAAAACAAAUCAUAGAACGCAAAUCAUGUCCAUUACCUAUCGCAACGGCGUUGGAAUUGGUGAACUAAUCGUCUAUAUUCCUUCCCUCUUUCUCUCUGUCUUCCUCGCUUUCCGCCAUGGAUUUGGCCGUAGUGCAGGCUGGUACUUCCUCAUAAUCUUCUGUCUCGCUCGAAUCAUCGGUCCUUGUAUGUCUCUCGCCGCAAUAUCUUCUCCCUCAGUAUCUCUCUACACCGGUGCACUCAUCCUACAAAACAUCGGCUUAUCGCCUUUGAUACUCACUACGCUGGGACUCUUAAGUCGCGCUUUGGAUAGCAUCAAUCGAAAUACCCAUACACUCAUUCAACCUCGCUUACUCAAAGUUAUCGAGGUAAUCACAUUGGUUGGGCUGAUACUUGGUAUUGUGGGUGGACUCGACGCAAGUGAUACCUACACUUCGACUGGAAAAUGGGUUCCAGGAACGGAAAGCAAGGUUUCCAAUAUCUUGUUUAUUAUUUCAUUCGUGGCAAUUGUCGCCACCACAAUGUUCACCAGUUUUUCUAUUCAACAUGCGGAGAAUGGAGAGAAGAGGAUUUUAUUGGGCAUUGCCAUCGCGUUGCCAUUCUUGUUUGUUCGGCUCUUGUAUUCCGUUCUCUCGACUUUCGUGUCACACUCUACGAAAUUCAAUUCUCUCACUGGAAGUGUCUCGGUCUUGUUAUGUAUGUGCCUGCUUGAGGAACUGGUUAUCGUGGUGGUUUAUUUGGCAAUUGGAGUCACGUUGAAAGUUAAACCUGAAGACGUGGUUGCAGACAUGGAAAUGCAACGGAUUUCAGGGACUUCGGAUAGCGAAGAACAGUUUGGUCAACAAAAUCAGCAGAGACAAACACAACAACGGAAUCAAAAAGCAGGAUCGGAAAAUAUGGUGUUGAGAAUUGCGAAGAAGACGAUCAUCGGGAGGUUAGUAAUGGCACUCAUUCCGGAGAAGAAAGCAGAUGUGGAGAUGCAGCAUUACGUCCAAAAGUAAAGAGGUGUGAAUUAGGAGGUGGUCCUGAGGAAUUUGGCUGAGGCUGUUUAUUUAAUUAUUUAUUUUAACGUUUGUGUUGGAAAGGAUGGAUUGGUUGGAUAUUGUCAGCUUAUACAAUAGUUGAAACUUCCUUGGUAAAUACCUGGAUUCUCUAUAGACUGUAUAUGUUAUUGUAUUUCUCA